AUGGUGUUGUUCAGCAUCUUCAUUAAUGGCCUGGAUGAUGGGGCAGAGUACACCUUAAGCAAAUUUGUAGAUGAUGAAAAUCACUGGGAGGAGUGGCAGAUGAGCCAGAGUGCUGUGGUGACAUGGAGAGGGACAUUGACAGGCUGGGAAAAGAGGAAUCCCAUGAAGUUCAACACAGGAAAUGCCAAGUCCUGUAUCUGGGGAUAUGUGAGGAUCUCACUGCUGAUUGGAUUCAUCAGCGUAAAUAAUUCUCCGUGGAGAGAUUACAGCGCGUACAGCUUCUUUCAGAUUGUCACCAUGUGUGACUUGGUUAUGAUUUUGUUCUUCUACAUUAUCUACAUUUUCAGAAUCUACAGGAAGCUCACUUGUGUUAGCUGGCCACUUGCGGAGUUUCUUCAUUACUUAAUUGGCACAAUUCUGCUUCUCAUUGGAUCGAUUGUAGCAGCAGCCAAGAGUUACAAUAUUACGGGACUUGUGGCUGGGGCGACUUUCGGGUUCCUGGCUACAAUACUCUGUGUUUUAAGCAUGUGGUCAUCCUACAAGGUUUCGUGCAUCACGCAGUCAACAAGUAAGUAUCAUGGUUAA